AUGGAUACACCAAAUCCACUCAAAUUCCUCAAGAUCAAACGCGAAGAUGGAUACCGGGUGUAUUGGGAUUAUGACACCACUCGCGAAACAACUGAUCCGACUGGUCUUAUAAUAUCAACAAUCAAUUCUGCUAGUCUUGAACCACAAAGUUCAAUACUUUAUUCAUGUAACAAAGAUCGAUGCAAUGAUGAUGCAACAGUCAAUCGUGUCAAACAAAUACUGAUAGAUAAUAAAUUGUUUAAUACUACUAAGGUAACACCAUUUCCUGGUGGUGGUGCUGACCAUCUCUAUUGUUUUGGUCCACAUACAUUUAUUAGCUUAUUGGUGUUAAUUGCUUGGUAUUGA